AUGCAGACCCAAAAGGCAAGAAAUGGAUCUCCAGAUGUUCCUAAGAAGGUGUCUCCUCGAGCUGCUCGGCCACUGAAGAUACCUGCGUUAGAGCCUGACUCUUCUUCAUCUCCUGUCUCAGCUAAUAACAGAACACCAAAGGAUAAAAGUCCAAAGGUUCUGGAUCGUAGGUCUCCAAGAAGUCCUGUCUCUGAGAAGAAGAGGCCAAGUAGAAUAACAGAGCUAGAGUCGCUAGUCACUCAGCUUCAGGAAGAGCUGAAGAAGGCGAAAGAUCAAGCCUUAGUGUCUGAGACAUCAAAGAAGCAAGCAGAGAAAGAAGCAGAGGAGUCCAAGAAACAGCUGCAGGAAGUUUCCUCUAAGGUUAACGAGACGCAUAAUCAGGUUUUGGAAGUUUCAGCCUUGGAAGAAGAAACUGAUAAAACCGUUGCUCCUGAUCAAGGAGGUGUAUCUCAGGAGUGUGAUUUGGAGUUUAGUGCUACUGCUGAUGAGAGGGCAGGAUUGGCUGUUGUUGUUCGUGAGAUCCGACAACUCAAGCUUCAGAUUGAGAUGGUAGCUUCUUCCGAAUCUGGUCAUUUGAAGCAAGCCGAGCUGCGUAACUCGGAGAUUCACCUUUUGAGAGGGAACUUAAUGGACACUCUUUUCCUCGUCGAGAAUUUUAGGAACCAAGUUAAGGACUGUGAGGUAACAGACGCUGAAACGGAGGCUUUAGCCACCGAGACUCUUAGGCAGUUGGAGAACGCUAAAAAGGCAGUGGAGGAGUUAAAAUCAGAUGGCACAAAAGCAGUUGAGAGUUACAAGAAGAUGGCGUUGGAGCUUGAGCAGUCAAAAACGAGGAUGAUAUGGCUUGAAACUCUUGUGGAUAAACUUCAGACGAAUCCAGGAGAUUUGGCUAGUCAAGAAAGCCUGCUUAAAGACUAUGAGAGUUUGAAACUUGCCGAAUCAAAUGAGAUGAAGGAAGAAGUAUCUUCCUUGAAAUGUGAAGUAGAGCGACUUAGAGCGGCGUUAGAAGCUUCUGAGAAAAAAGACCAAGAAGUGAAUGUUGAGGCUUCUUCUCGGUUAAGGAUACAAGCUGAGCUCCAGUCUGAGUUAAAGAUAGCUAAAUCAGAGAUAGACGAGCUAAAGGCGAGGUUGAUGGAGAAAGAAACAGAAUUGCAGUUUGUUUCAGAGGAGAAAGAUAACUUGUACCAUCAGCUGAUGAAGAACCAGAAAGAGACUGAUGUUGAGGCUGAGCUUAAGCAACUAAAGGAAGGUAUUGAGAAUUUAAAGGCUGAUCUGAUGGAUAAAGAGACGGAACUACAGAUUGUUUCAGACGAGAACGAGACAUUGAAGACAGAUAUCCACAAGAGGGAGACAGAUGUACAAGACGCGUUCAUGAAGCUUGGAAUUGCGAUGGAAGAAGCUGACAAAAGUAGCAAGAGAGCGGUUAGAGUCACGGAGCAGCUAGAUGCUACUCAGGCUUCAAACACGGAGAUGGAAACGGAACUCAGGAAGCUCAAAGUUCAGUCAAACCAGUGGAGAAAAGCUGCUGAGGCAGCUACUGCUAUGCUCUCUGCUGGAAAUAAUGGGAAGUUCGGUGAGAACUAUAAUCAGACCAACUCUCCUUUCUCUGAGGAUAUUGAUGAUGAGAUGAUAAAGAAGAAAAACGGGAAUGUGCUCAAGAAGAUUGGUGUUUUGUGGAAGAAGCCUCAGAAAUAG